AUGUCACCCUUCAAACGCUCGGCACUAAGCGCGAAACUGAAAACAGAUUCCGCAUUAUCUGUUCAUCGAUCCCUUGCUGAUUCUGUGAUGGAAGACAAUGAUGUAGAACCUACACUUUUAAAAACAUUAGGGACUUUGCGUCAAAUUAAAUAUCAAACUAAAAAGGCUUCCUUUUACGACCCGAACCCAACAAUAUUUUUAUGGCUUAUGGCGCAAACCCCACCUUAUAACGAUUUGAUUAGACAUAUAUCAUUACAUCCUUAUUUUGUUAUUUACUAUUGGCUGUCAGCUCAAGAAUUGUAUUACAAGAAAUACAUUGCAAAACACAGAGUCAUAAUGAGUUUAGAUGCUACUGGCAGCAUUUUAAAAGAAUUUGGGCCUCAUCGUAACAUGAAAAUUACGAAACAUCUUUUUUUAUAUGUAUGUGUAGUUCAAACUUUUGAUGGUAAGAGUAGUUUGCCUAUAUUGCAAAUGAUAUCGGAGAGUCAGACAAUGGACACGAUUGCAAAAUGGCUUAAAAAUUGGUCUGAAAAAAAUACACCACCAAAUGAAUUAGUAUGUGACGACUCAUCUGCGUUAAUCGGAGCAGCUGUAAAAGCAUUUACUAAGCAUACAACAACGAAGGAAUACCUUGAAGAAUCAUUUCAGUUACUGAAUAUACCUAAUUGCAAGUCUCCACACUGUUAUAUUAGACUGGAUACAAACCAUUUCUCGAAAAUAUUAAACAAUUUCUGUUGUUUCAAAAAUAUAGACCCACGUGUAAAGUUUUUUUAUGUCACUUGCUUGAAAAAUAUUAAGCAAUGCCAAGAUUACGAAGUAAUCAAACAAACUGUAAAAGACAUGGUAACGUUAUGCUUAUCGAAAUAUAUUGGAUCUGUUCACGGCAAUGUUUUAAGAAGUGAUGAAGCAAGGAUGAGGUUGAAAAAUUUAUCUGUAUUUAAAAAGAAAGAUAGCAUAGAAAAAAUUUACAUAAAUAUAAACAAUGAUAGCAGUGAUUAUAAAAGAACAUCAGUAUUCCAAAAUAUUAACACUGAAUUAGAAAAUGAGCAUCCAGAAAUUCAUAUAAAUAAAGGCGAUAUUAGAGUAAAAUGGUUAAUAGAUCAUAUCAGCACAGAAAACCUUAUAAAUGAAUUAGAAGAAGAAAAUUUGAAAAAUAUUGAAAAUUUCUAUUACAUGCCUUCAUUAGUCGAAACUUUACUAAGAUAUAUCAGCCAAGUUCCCCUGUGGUCUAAUUGUAUGAUGAAUAUUUAUGAAAGUCAAAUAGAUGCUCCAACAUCUUCCAAUGUAGAAAAUUAUUUUAAAAGUAUCAAAAGAUUUCUUCUUAAUUUAACAACAAAAUUGCAUCGAUUACGAAUUGAUGAUUUCAUUUUGCAGCAUCAUAGUUUUUUGUCUGGCGAAACUAAACUUGCAAUGAGUUAUUUACAAUCUGAUCCUAAAACUAAACCUAAAGUAUCUAAAAAGAAAAUUGCCGAAAUAAAAACGAAAAAAGGAGAAUACUCAGACAGUGAUUCCAUAUUUUCAAAAAAUCCAACAUUUAUCGAGAAUUGGCGGGGUAAAGGUUAUGUAAAAAAAUCAAUUCCAAAGCAACGGAAAGUGAAGGUACCCAUUUUAUUAAAUGGAAAUAUUAUUAACACAUGUGACAAUAUAUUAACGAUAAAUACGUGUGCAUUUGACUCAAUGUCUCAAGCAAUAGCUAUUGUGUUCAACGACCUACGAACGAAAGCUGUGCAAGCAAAAUUCGAUGUAGCAAUGAAUGCCAUUAAAGAUAUUAGAGAAGAAGGAAAGGAUCUCUUCAAACGGCAGAAGUUUAAAAGAGCGAUCAAGAGUUAUGAACACGCUAUAUCUAUAAUAAGACUGACUGAGACAGAGAAUGAAGCAGAAGAAGCAGAAAUAAGAAACAUAAAAGUUAAAUUUUUUGUUAACUUAGCCGUUUGUUACUACAAAAUUGCUAAACCGAAGAAUGUUAUUACAAUGUGUGAGAACAUUGAUAGAUACAUUGACAUCAAUACACAUUGUAAAGGUCUAUUUUACUAUGGAAGAGCAUACGAAAUGCAAGGUAAAGUAGAAGACGCGAUAAAAUACUACAAGAAAGCUUUAAAAUUGGAACCGAAGAACAAAGAAAUCGGGGCAACGUUGUCUCAGUUGGAUGAACGGACAAAAAAAUCUUUUGCAAAUGAGAAAUUAAUGUGGCAGAAAGUGUUUAAUAAAGAAGAUGUUGAGGAGAAAACUGUAUAUGUUGUUGAUGAGGAUUUUAAAAGUAGUGUCGUUGGAAUGUGUAACGAUUUGUCUGAUAGAAAUGAGUAUGCUAAGUUUGAUUUACCCGUUGGAUUGACUAAAGAUGAAGUGGAUUGUAUCAAGUCGUUAACAAGUCAAUUCAAAGGUCUGGUUGUAAGUGAGGGUAGUGAAGGAAACAGAAAGAAAUAUCCAUAA